UGUUGCUGCUCGUUCAGCGAUAAUCGAGGCGUGAGGACCACGCACACGUGUGGCGGCGGUGGCGACGGCGGUGAUGCCUUGAAGGUGUCAAGUGUCUCCCUCGCUGCUAUUCUUGGAAGUGGCCCGCGAUGGGCCCAUGUUGAGUCGGGCAGCUGCUAUAAGGGCGCCUGGCUCCUCAUCCAGCGGCUCUUCCAUCGGGUGCUUCAAGUCGGCGAGAUCAGCCACCCCCCCCGUCCGUUCUCUCCUCUCUUUCUCUCACACACAAGACAGGAACCCACUCCUCAAGCCACGAUGGGGGACGAAGCGAAGCCGAAGGUUUCGGUGUCGAGGAAGAACCACCUCAAGAGCGCGAUGCUGACGUUCGCGCGGGAGCUCCUGGAGAAGGAGAAGAUUGAGCGCGCGCAGGAGAAGGUCAACUACCUUCAGGAGCGCGUGGCGCCUCUGCAGCUCUCCGGCUUGUCCAGCCAGGACCUCAUGGACCUGUGCAAGAAGCUCCACCAGCAGGUGGAUGUGACGGAUGAGGAGAGGUACGACUGCGAGAUGAAGGUCGGCAAACACAACCUGGAGAUCGAGAACCUGAACAUGAAGAUCGGAGACCUGAGGGGCAAGUUCAAGCGCCCUCCCCUGCGCCGCGUGCGCAUGUCCGCCGACGCCAUGUUGCGGGCCCUGCUGGGCUCCAAGCACAAAGUGUCCAUGGACCUCCGGGCCAACCUCAAGUCCGUCAAGAAGGAGGAGAAGGAGAAGGAGGUGGACAAGGAGGUGGGCGAUUGGCGCAAGAACAUCGAGGCCAUGUCCGGUAUGGAGGGCAGGAAAAAGAUGUUCGACGCCGGCACUCAGUAAGGGGACGCAGCCGCGGGCCUCUGCGGCGACGGAAGCUGCGGCGCUCCAACCCCCCCCCUCAUCAAUCCGGCCGCGUCCGUAGCUGCACGCACCUCGCCUCUGUCCUGUAACGAGCCUGCCCCCGCACACCCGUGCCACCUGUCCCACAGUCAUACCACGUGCCCCCGCAUACCCGUGCCACCUGUCCCACAGUCGUACCACGUGACCCACACAUCCGUGCCACCUGUCCCACAGUCGUACCACGUGACCCACACCCGUGCCACCUGUCCCACAGUCGUACCACGUGACCCACACCCGUGCCACCUGUCCCACAGUCGUACCACGUGACCCACACCUGUGCCACCUGUCCCACAGUCGUACCACGUGACCCACACCCGUGCCACCUGUCCCACAGUCGUACCACGUGACCCACACAUCCGUGCCACCUGCUCCGCAGCCGUGCCACCUGUCCCACACCCGUGCCACCUGCACCACACCCGUGCCACCUGCCCGCACCUGUACGCGCCCUUCCUUCCGCUGCUUCCCGUACUAACCUUCCCGUACCCUGUGUAACACGCGCCCUCGCCUGUUAGCGGAAGGCCAAAAGCGUCCACGGGAGUUUAAUGAAUGCGCGCGCGAGCUCCAGCCUACAGCUUGUACCCCCCCCCCCCCCUCGCCCGCCCUCCCCCCCCCCCCCCGAAUUGAAAUAAAGACACCGCACGUGCUGUGUGCCGCUGGUUGACCAUGGACGGA